CUUUCUCGAUUGGUUCCGAAUCGAACGUUCCAUUGCUCCCUUUUCCCGCCACGAUCUCUCCCCACCACAUCUCGCGGGCUCACCUCGCCUCUUACCUGUUUUCUUAAUUUCUUAACCCGAGACACCCGACGGGUCUGUCCGAUUUUCGCACGCGCACAUUACGCGUGCACGAUCGAUAAAACGUCGCGAGAUACUCGAAAAAAAAAGAAAAGAAAAGAAAAGAAAAGAAAAAUUAGCAAGAUUUUAACAUAUCCUCCUCUUCGAGUGGCGCGUGCGAAUCCGGAUCCCGAACGGUUCGCUUUUAUCGCGAAUGAUUUUCGGGGACAGAAAUUGGCGCAUAGGAAUCGCAGUUAUCGCGGCGAUAACGCUCGAUGAUGAUGUGCCGUGCUCGAUAAGCGUGCGGAUUCCAACGACUACCUGAUUUUUUAAUUCCUUUGUUUACUACCGAUCGAGUGAGCGGGAUUAUUAUCGGAGGCGAGUCGAAUUAAUCGGUUCAGUUGUGCCGUUCAGUCAGUUUUUAAACCGUGGACCGUGCGAAAACUAGGGCCGGUGUAAUCGUAUCCGGGGAAAUGAAGCGCGGACGAUCCACAGUGGGAAUUUAUUAAUCGACCCGUUAACGAGAUCGCGUUCGAUCAACGGGUCAACGAACUUGGAUCCCGUGUACAUUUGCGUAUAUGUGCGCGCACGCCUGAUUUCGUUUAUUUUAUUAUACAAGUAGUAGUUUCCCCAUCAUGGUGGCCCGUGAGUAUAUAAACUGGUUGUGAAAUAUCGAAUUCCGUGUGAUUUACUACGGUUUCGAGAUCGCGGUUACGAUCGCGGGCUAUUAUCGUGCCACGAAAUCUGUGCAAACCAGUUCCUUCCAGACCGCUCGUAAUUUCGUUUGUCGCUCGUAUCGACGAUAUUCCAGAUUCGGUUGGCAAGCAACAUUACAAUUUUUAUCAUUGUGCGGAUUCAUUGUUCUUUCUUAAAGGCGUAUGUAAUAUUAUUCGAUAUCCGUUUAUCCUCGAGGAGGAAAUUUCUCGACGAUUGGAAGAGCGAGAGAGAGAGAGAGAGAGAGAGAGAGAUUGAAUGUUUCGUUAUCGAGAUAAUUCGAUGGGGAACGAAAUUUGAUGUUUGUUCAAAUUAAAAAAAAAAAUUCCACAUUCCGAUCCAUCCGCAUCGACGACCAAUUGCCGAGUUUCCAUUUACUAGUUUCUAAUCUAAUGAACUUUGCGCCACCUUGAGCAACCUUAUCGGUGCAUUCACGAACGUGGCAACGCAUGUUACGUGGUGCAUCGAUUUAACUAGUGCAAAUUUUAAGGCCAGCCUUAAAAAACCGCGGGAAUGCUCCGCGGUUUGAUACCGAGUUUCGUGGAUUCCCCCUCCCCCCUUCUCCUUCCCCUCCUUCCUCCCCUCCCUACUCGAUUUAUACCUCGCUGUCUAUUUUUAACCGACUCUUCGUCGCUUAUCGCUUUUUUUGAUCAACGAUUCCUUCUUCGCAGAGCGGAAAGUGGAAAGAUAACGACUUUUCCUUAUUUUUCUUUCCAUUUUUUUUUCUUUUUUUCCUUGUUUUUCUUCUUUUUUUUUUUUUUUACACCGAUCGUCGUUUCAUGUAGUGGUAGAGCGGAACGAGAAAAAAAUUAUUGGCACUUUAAGUCGUACACGCUUUCCUGCUCUAGCGGGGCGUUAAUCGUUCUUAAGUGUUGCAUUUUUACGGUGAUAUAUCGACGCGCAAACGUAUUAUUACUCGUGACGUCCCUCGUAAAUCGAUGAUAAUAUUGUAACACGCCAUUACCUUUACGAUAGCGUUAAUUGCCGAUGACGAAAACCGAUCGUACGCGUACAUACUCGCUUGAAUUUUCAUCGUUCUGAAAAUUUUGUUUCCUCUCAAGGCCAAAAGACUUCGUCGAUAAUUUUAAUUUCUUUCCAAUUCAAAUCGGGUCGAUUAUUCAAGGGGAUCGAUUCACACGAAUUUGGAAUUCGUUGACGCGAUUUAUUAACAGAUUGGGGGAUUCGUUUAAUCCUUAAGGAUUAAACAACAAAAGGUUUCGUAGAUUUUUUUUUUCUUUUUUUGGAAUUUUUCUUAUCCAAACGAAAAGAACUCGCGAAAUUUUUCCGUCUCUCCUCGGGAAAACGAUUCGACCUGAUAAGUUCGAUACGGUUAAUUUAUGUCGGUAUACGAUGAUAAGGAAGAAAACGCGAUAAGAAAAAAUACGCUGAUAGCUAGAAAAGUUAAAUGCGUUUCUAACUGCAACGACCGUGGCCCCAGUAUGACUGGGGAAAAUUCAACAAUAGAGAAAGGAAACGAAAAAGGAAAAUAAGUGCGACUCUUGCAUACGUGUGCACAAGGCUUGCUUUAAGUGUUCGUGUGUGCGUGUAUGUGCGCAAAUGAGAAGGAAAGAUAACGAAAGAAAGUGUGUAUUUCGUUAAUUAAUUAUGGAUUUAUCGAAAUAGGGUCAGUGAUAAUUAACGCGAUUAAUACGACACGAUUCACUAACGGAACUCAUUGAUCCGUAUUAAAAAUUCUGAUUUAGCUUGAUUAUAAAAUCGACAACGGAUUAAUAAUCCAACUACUAUUGAUAAAGAUAUCCUCUUAUCUACGAUCGACUAUAUAUCUUUAGUGGAACUUCAAACCAAAUGAUGCGUAUUUCAUCCAAUCGAGAUUAUCGUUUGAAAUCGAUAUAAAUCCAAUCGAUCAUCAUCCUGUAAAUGUAUUUAUCCUAAUUUCAUUCCAUAAGAAUAACGAAAAACAAUUUAUUUUUAAGAUAAUUAAAAUUCCUAAUGAUACACUCUGCAGUGAUAUUUUUUCCCGUCGAUCUUUAAUUAUAAUUAAAAAAAAGAAAAAGAAAAAGAAGAAGGAAAAAACAAAGCCUGAAAUCACCAGCCACUCGAACGAAUCUCUUUCAAACGCACUUGUGUACCAUUUCGAUCGAUAUCCAGCCACGUUUCAUCGGCCGAUGAUUUCAGCGUUAAAUUUCUACUUGCCGUUUGUCCAACGUGAUCCAAGGGCGAGCAAGCCCGAGAAAGAGAGCGACGAAUAAACUGGUGGAAGGGGGAGGGGGAGGGAGGGGGGCCACGGUUGUCCCCGGAACAGGCCAUUUGCCACGAAAGUUCGCACAUUGUUUGCCGACGAUUUACUCGAUCGACACCCGCCGGCAACGGAACAAUAAAACGCCGCCCGUGAUGGAACGAUCUUUCACGUGGCAACAACAACAACAAUCGGACGAUCGACUAGCAGCCAUAACACCGUUCUAUUGAUCGCGUCACAGAUGCGACAGCUCGGCUCCCGCCGGCCGGAGAAAUUUGCAAAUAAUCGGCGAAAACCGUUUAAUUGUCCGCUCGAAAACGCGCUCCGUUCAUCCGCGCCAUUGCCUCGAGCAAUUCGCGAUCGCUUUAUCCGCGACUCGAUGGAGGCAAGGCCGAUGAAUCCUUUCGUCGAACGGCCAAACGCGGAAGAAUCUUUCCGAGAGGACGGACGUUCUCUUUGACUGCCUUUGGCGAGGAGGAGACCGGCACGAUGACAACGUUGAAGAAGGACGAGAAGAGGGGCUCGAAGAAGUCGAAGAAGAGCGGCGAGAAGACGUCCGGUCGGAGCGCGAAGACGGCGAAGCAGGUAGCCGCGAAGAAAAGUGAACCGAAAGUGCAAGCAGAGAAGUGGUACGAGGAUCUAUCGAUCUACGACGAUGAUCUGUAUGGCGAAGACGUGAAUCUGUCGAACCGCGUGGCGGAGGAGGAAAAGGAGAGCGGGAGAAUCGAGCGAAAAUCGUUCCGUCGGAAAAUCGGGUUGCUAUUGAGAGGGAGCGCGGCUGAGUUACCGGCCGUGAUAAAUCGCAGCCUGCAACCGAUUAGGCGCAGCCUAAGUUUCAGCAAGGACUUGAACCGCAUCCAGGAACCGUCGAAACCUCACAGGGCGAGCAGCGCGCAUUGGUACAACAGUUUGGUGUCUUUGGCGGAGGAUGAAUGUUUGGACGAGUACGACAGCCCCCCAGAAAAUAGCCCAACGAUCGAGGAACGAUUGUUCUCUUCGAAGGUUCAAGUCACCAGGACGCAAAGCCUCAUCGACACCACUUUCCAGACGAGAAGCCCGAGAAGACGAGUGACCGAACUGCUCAAGCGAACUGCGCCUUAUGGACGGCACAGCGACCAUUACGACUCGACCAUAGAUUUGAGUAAUCCACCGUUCGAGGCCAGUAGCCUUCCCGCUCUCGCGCACACGGAUGGAAGCUGCAACGAGCUAAGAUUCCCCCGUGAAGGGGAGCAACAGGUCAGGAACGAAUGGAGGAACCUGAAACUUCCUGUCGGUCGAAAUCUGUCUUCCCUACAUGUCGGCCCCGUGGACCAUCGAGAGGUGCGUUCGAGGUCGUUGACCCAGCUGGACGCUCUGGGCAGCAAAAUGCUGGAUACGGGGGAGCACCAUCUGGGGGGUGGUCCCUCGCAACAGCAAUCCCAUCACCUUCACCACCAUUAUCAACCUCAACAAUUGCAACACCCCCAAAAUGUGGAGAGUAAUCCUCGUUUCCUUGCGCCCACCGCGCCUUCCGUCGAGGGAUCGCGUCAGAAUCGCAGACACAAAUUGUCUCGGUCACAGGUAUCCAGCAGCGAGUUUUUCAGCGUCAGCUUCGAUCUCUCGGACGAUUCGAGUGGCCUGGAUCGGGACGAGUUUCUGCCCGCUGCGAAGGGCACUUACUUGGCCGAGGCGAUCAACGCCGCUUGCGAGAGGCGCGGGAUCGACAUCUCGCGGAUCGAGGUCUUCGACGGUUUCUCGUCGCCAUUACCGAUCCUCACCACGGACACCUCCAGCCUUGGCGGCAAGCAUUUGCGAAUAACAGUUAAGGACAACGAAAAAUCGAGCUCGAGAUCGUCGAGCCAGAGAAGCAACCAGAGCGUCUCCUUGAGAAAGCCAAGCGGGAAUUAUCGGAGCCGCAGCGGCCGUUUCUUCAGCGUCUCGACGGAAGACUCGAGCGUCGACUCCGAGGUCGGAAGCAGCACCACGCUCACAUCUGGUCGGAGCUCCGUUGGGGCUGCGGGGCUCAAACCUAGUAAACAGCGAUGGAGCGGCUUCUUCACCAACACGAAGGGCACAAAAAUUGAUCUACUCACCUCUCUGCUGGACGAUUAUAACAAACACGGGGUACCCAAGGAUACACAAUUGUCGUACGAGCUCGCCUUUAACGAAGAUGCCUUGUACUUAGAACAAGAUUGGCGCGACAUCGUUCAAAACUCGGAUCAAUUAUCGGAGAAACAACAGCAACAACAGACUGCUUUAUGGGAACUGGCUCAAACGGAAGUGGCUUAUAUCAAGACUCUAAAGGUUGUGACAGACCUGUUUAUGGCGUGCCUCUGCAGCCUGCAGGCCUCGAAUAUCCUGAACGAGGUCGACAGGACGAAGCUAUUCAGUAACAUCCCCGAGAUCUACGCCGCGAAUCGCUACUUCUGGACCGAGUACGUCCUAGCCAUGGUAAAUACGUCGAGGACCACUGGACAACCGCUCGAACCGGGCCACCUUCUGCAAGGUUUCGAGACGUUCGAGCAAACCUUCGCACCCUACACCAGAUAUUGCGCGGAGCAAAGCAAAUGUCAGCAAUACUGCAGAGACCGUCUCAACGAUAAUCAAUUAUUCACGGUCUAUCUGGUGUGGUGUGAGACUCAGAAGGAUUGCAAUCGAUUGAAACUGCUCGACAUACUGGUGAAACCUAUGCAGAGGUUGACGAAGUAUUCUCUGCUCUUGAAGGCCGUUCACAAGAACACGGAGAACGAGGAGCAACGAGCAGAAUUGACUCAUAUGAUCAAAUCUGUGGACGACUUCGUGGCGUCUGUGAAUGCAGCAUUGAAGAGGAACGAGGAGACAGCGCGGUUGGCCAGCGCUGCAUCUCGAAUAGAAAGUUACGAUGUGGUCGAGUCGAGAGACGAAGAAUUGGAGAAACUGAUUAAAAUUCACAGCACGUUCGAUAUUACCACGGUUCCGAUACCGGGUUGUCCGAAAGACACCCUUAGAGUACUUCUUCGCGAGGGAGAUUUAAAAUUAAGAGACGCCGUUAGCAGCAAGAUGGAAGUACACAUACUGUUGCUGACAGACAUGCUAUUGAUCUGCAAACCGUCGACCAAGAAAACUUCGUCCAGUGGGCUGACUGGCACCGUGGGGGGCGGUUUGAAGAUUAUAAGACAACCGUACGUGAUCGAUCGUAUCCGAAUACACGAGCUGAAGGAGCCAACCAGUUUAGGCUUGGUUUAUCUGAACGAGUAUGGGGCGGCAUCAGCUGCUCUGGUUCUCAGCGCUGGAGAAUCGAAAUUGGCCAAGUCUUGGAUGGAAUCGAUCAGGAAAGCUCAACAACAAUUUGCGUUAAUGAAAGUGCCACCGCUUGGCAACACGAUGAACUUGACCGCGGUCAAUAGACAACACAGCAGUUUCCUCGGUGACGAGUACGAGGCAGAGGAAUGCGAGGGGAUCCCGAAAACGCCUCGAGGGAGUAGCCGGGCGUCAAGAGUGAGCAGCCUCGCCCACAGUCACAGCCAUGAAACCGCUUCCAGUGGAAGUAUAGAGAUGGAAGGUGUCUCGCCGGGAAGCAGCACUUUUCUCCCUAGCUAUAAUCCAAGCAGAAAUAUCAGCGUGGAAACGAGCGAACCACCUCGAGCCUCGAGCGUAUCAUCCGAAGAAGGUGGCGACAGUUCCGGUCACAAUCAUAGACCGUUGCAAAUAAGUCCUAACAAAUUUGAUAAUAGACGAUACCCGCUGAGUAAGUCACCGACGCCUAACACGUUGAGUGUCCAAGUGCCGGCGUACUCUAGCUUGGGCCAAUCGCUGCCAAACUUGACCCUAGCCACUUCGCCACAAACUUCAACCGUGUCUCCGACACCGCCAAACUCGCUUCUAAUCGUACCCCAAAUAACAAAAAGCAAGGACACUUUGCUUUCACCAGGGCACCGAGGUAUCUCCUAUCCACCACCGUCACCCCCGAGAGGGGCGCUUAGAAGAGCGUUCGCGAUUCCUCAAUCACGAAAUCCACCUCUCGUUAAAACGAGACACAUAAGCACGUCUGUGACACAAACGGUUCAGCCUACGAUGAAUCUAGACGCGGAAGCCAUUGAAGAGAGGCGAAGAAGGUUGGAACCUUCGCACAGGAUGCCAUCGACCAGCAGCAUCGCGGAGGAAAAGAAAUGACUAGAAUCGGGAUACAAGAGUAACCUAUUAAGAAGAUAGAUUGCUAUGGACCAUCUUACAUUUGAUGAGGGAGUACACGUUGGAUGAUGUCAUGUUUAGAAAUAAAAUGUUGCUUUCUGUUGCCUGUAUGCAAGUGCUGCACACACUUUCAUGCAGGAGCAGAAAAAUGAUUCGAUUGAGAAGGGAUUCAAAUUGAAUUAAAAAAAAUGUUUACGUACUCCUUAUGCCUACAAUAUGAAUCGAGCAAUUUUACAAUCGGUGAGUGGAAAUUUAUUUUAUCUACCAAGUUUUGAAAAGAAAAGAAAAAAAAAAACGCAAAGCAGGUGUAUGAUUCUAUUACUGUACAAGAAUCUGUUUCAGAUUGGGGCCAUUCGAAAUCAACGUGAAGUUUGUUAUUACGAUCAUAUCAUUGUAAUUUGAUUCUAGCGGUGUAACUUUUAGAUCUCAUUUUGUAAUUAAUUCGUCGGGUUGUGACGAUCACGUUUCAAUAUUACUCUAACUCAUUCAGAAUCCUAAGCGACGAACAGAAAAAAGAAAAAGGCCUACCUAGUGUAAUUAAUAUUACGACUAUUUAUCGUGAUUUAAGUUUAGAUGAUUAUAAUAGUUGGAAUAAGACGCCUUUAGAGCAACAAUUUUAAAAUAAACGAGUUCGAGUUUCGUGAUUUAACGAUAUAAAAGCAGGUACGGACAUUUAGAAAUGAGGACACACACGUAGAAAAGUAUUACAUUUCAUGUAGAAGAAAAAAAAAAAAAGCAAAAGAAAAUGAAAAAUUACGUUAAUCCCUCGUAUAAGCUUUGAUAAACACACUAAAUGUGGAAAGUUACGAAAAGCGUGAAAAGAGAGUGAAAGAUAAAUUUUCUUUAGGUACAAAUUAAAUUUCACGAUAUUUUGUUCAAGAGACUGAACUAACGAUUGUCGGGAUGUCGACGAACGUCACCUAACUAGAGACAACAAUAUGUAAAGAGAAAAGAAGAGCAAUGAUUUUAUACGAGCUCCUUUGCGUAAGGUUUCUUUCAAUCCCCCCCUCCCCCUCUUCCAAAAUUUGCGCUUGUAUUAAGCUUCAAGUGUUAAAAUUAUCAUAAAAAAAAAAAUUAUCGAUUGUGCGUGUAUGUACGAUCAUUCAUAAUCAAGGUCAAAAUAUAGUACAUAAUUUAUUAAUUACGUGUCUCGUUUAAUAUCCAAUUGAACCACUUAUUUCUAAACCUAAUAUCAAAAUCUUCUUAAUGGAUAAUACCAACUAUUGAAAAUUAAAAUAUAAUUUUUUUUUUUUUAUUUUUUAUUCGAACAAGGCAAAUAUUAUACGAGUAAUAUUAAGCGAUCCAAUAAAUAUUUUUUAUUUAUUCCUUUUUACAAGAAAUUUUCAAUAAAUCAUAUUUUAUGUACAAAUAAAUUAAAUAUUCUAAAGAUAUUCACAAUCUUUAAUUUUAUAUUCAGCUUUCAUAUUUUAUUUACCUAUUUACAUACGCGCACGAUAUUUUAAGUUUUUCAGACACUCAUCUACUAUAUACCCAUAACCCAAAAGAUAAAAGAUGUUGAAUGUUGUUAGAAUACUGUAUUGCACACUUACUUGAAAGCUCGAGGGCGAAGGCAAAUCCCAACUACGGGGACGACGAUGUGAGCCCGAGAUCCGUCAGCAAUCAUUCGCCAUGUCUUGACAUGUUCGAGCUUCACUACGUUCAUCGGCCAAUGCUUCCAGAAUAUCCAGUAAAAGUUCGCGACUUAAUUGUUUUAACUUCGGUAACCUUGCAACCUAUGAUGAAAUACAAUAAUAUUUAUGAUAAAAAAAAAUUGUUUAUUUCAUAAAAUAAAAAAAGAAAUUAAGGAAAUAUAUGAACCUUUGUAAAAUGAUGCACGAUAAGAUUUAAUGCAUAUUUUUUCAUAUCAACAGCUUGCAUUCUAUCCGCAGCUUCCAAGAUUUGUAUAACAUUUUCGAAAGUAACAUUCAUUUCGAGAUUUUGUUUGCAAAAUGCUUGCAAUCGAUUAUUUGUAAAACCAUAAAAAACUGGUGCGGUAAAUAAAUACAAAGAAUCUUCAGGUGGCAUCGAAACAUCCGCAUAAUAAAUGUACCUCAAUAAAGAAUCAAAUGAUUCGGAAGAUGGGAUCAUUUCACCGAUUUGUAUCUGUAAUAAAAGCACACGUUUUGUUAAGAUGUAUUUAAUUGUUAAAUAAAAACGUAAAAAAUGAAUAACUUA